AUGAAAAUAAUAUUUUUAUUUUUUAUUUUUUAUUUAGUUUAUUUUAAUAAUGCACAAAAUACUUUACCAAAUGAUCAACAAGAUGCAAUUGAUACAAUGAUGGUUGAAAUUUUUGGAACGAAAAUUGAUGACAUUUGUUCAUAUGGAUCAUUUAAAUGUGCACCUAUAAAUGAUGGUGUUUCGGCAUCAAAUGUUUAUACAAUUACUGAAAUUGUAUUUCCAUCAUCAUCACCACCAAAUAUGGUAAUAAAUUCACCAUUCACUUCAUUUAUAAAUUUAACAACUUUAGAAUUAACUAAUGGUUUAUCAUCAUUAACAUUUUUUAAUAAUAUUUCAAAUUACCAAUAUUUAAAAAAAUUAGUUAUUUCAAAUCAAAUUGAAACAAUACCAAGUGACCAAAAUUUACCAAAUUCAUUAGAUAGUGUUGAAUUUGGUACUAUUUCAACUAGAAUUAAUGAAAACUUCUUUUCAAGUGGUCAAAUUUCAAAUUUAGUAAUUAUAAAUUUUGAUAAUGGUAGUUCAUUACCAUCAUCAUUUCCAGUGAAUAAUUAUUUAAAAUCAUUGUCUUUACCAAUAUCAUAUAUUCAAUCAUCAUUUCCAAAUGAUUUAAAUAAUUUAAAAGCAUUAAUUGAAUUAAAUUUAAAUAUUUUUAAUGAUCGUAACUCAAAUGAAAAUUAUAAAGAUUUUCAAUUACCAAAUUUUCAAACACCAUUUGAAAAAUUAUCAAUAAUUUCAAUAACAUUUAUAAAUUCACCAAUUGAUUCAACUGGUAGUAAUAUCCAAACUUGGAAUUUCUUACAAUCAAUUACUCAAAUUAAAACUUUAUCAAAUUUAAAUAUUUAUGGUAAAGGUUUUACAUUAGAUCCUUCAAUUGGUUUAACUGAUUUUUCAUUAUUAAAUUCAUCUUCAAUUUUUAAUUUUGAAGAAGGUUGUGAUUUUUUAACAAUGUGUAAUAAAAAACCAUGUUUAAAUUUACCAAUUGAUUCAAAAUUAAGUUUAUCAAAUUGUAAUGUAAAUUUAAAUAAUUUAUCAUUUAAGAAUAUUUUAGAAUUUACAAUGGUUAAUAAUGAUUUGGAACAAGAGUUACCAUGGUCAAGUGAAUCUGGUAUUGAUUAUGUAAAAAUGGAUAGUUUUAAUGUUGAAAGAAAGAAUAAUUUAGUUGGAUCAUUACCAUCGAGUUACUGCCAAUUUAGGGAUGGUGUAUUAGGAGUCGGUGGUAAUUUAUUGUCCGGCUCAAUUCCAAGUUGUUUCAGUUGUAGUGGUGCAAAUUCAAUUGGUACUAAAUAUUUGUUACCAAACAAUUUCACAGAUUUCAAUUCAAAUUCUGUUGCUACCAACUGUCCAACUUUUUCAUUUGAUACAAGUUAUAAUAAAAUCGUUAAAAUUGAUGGUUCUUCAAUUAUAACUAUUAGUGGUACUGAUUUCGGUUGGUAUUAUAAAUCAUCAUCAAAUGAUUCAAACUCAAAUUCAGAUUCAGAAUUAUCAAUACCAACUAUUACUAUAACUAUACCAAAUAGACAAAUUGAAUUAUCAAUUCCAAAAGGUACUGGUGCAAAUAAAACUUUUGUUGCUUAUUUCGGCAGUAAUUUCCAAUUUAAACAAGUUUUCACAUAUACUUAUAAUGAUAGUAUCAAUAAUAAUAGUAGCUCUGAUUCUGAUGAAAGUGGUGAACCUUCUUCCUCAUCGAUAAUAUAUUUCUCUUCUUUUUAUUUUAUUACUUUUUUAUUCUUUAUACAAUUUUUAAUUUAA